AUGAGGGGAAGCGCAGCACCUAAUGCUCUGCAUUACUCUUCGGGCAGGCCAUCUGAUGGUCCAGAGCUGGCCUCAAAGGGAGAGAGAGGGUGUUUAGUUGGUCAUGAAUACUCUGCCCUCGGGGGGUGGCAUUGGGCUCUCACCAGCGCCGCCGCCGGAAAUGUCCCCUUUCGGCCCAGGUCGACGAGGCCUCAAUCCCGGCGCCUGCGGGGGAGCACCGUCGGAGAGAGUCCGGGAGCGAUUGGGGGACGCGCCCACAUGCCCUGGCGUCGCAUCUCGAUUUGAGGGCAUCAGACCAUCCGCGGCGUUCGCGUUUGGAGAAACCGAGGAGAUUUGCCGUUUGGGAUGCUGGUCCAGACGGGCGGAUGGAGGAAGGGGGGGGGGAAGCACUAACCAGUUGCUGAGUUUGCCUCUUCCGAUUGAUGCCACGGUGCCACGCCGUUUUGCGGCCGCCGUCCCAUCACACACACAUCACGGACAAGUGUUUGGAAGCCCAAGGCGCCACGCAGCAACGGCUGUGCCGUACGCUGUUCUAGACAGGCCCGAAGCCGCCGCCGGGAAUCCCCACUGGGUGGAUGGGCCAUGGACGGGUGACCAAGGGGUUGGGAAGGCUGCGGGGUGCAGUGGCGGUUCAUCAUGA